AUGUCAACAGAUGUAUCAAUUGAAAGUCGAACAAAUGAAACAAUCAGCAAUGGAAGUAGUCAAUCAACAACUACAAUACACUAUGCAAAACCAGUUCAUCAUUGUGUCAAAAUGGACAACAAAAAUGUAUUGCAAUCACCAAAAAUAUCAACUUCUUCUUCUUCUGCUUCAACUACUCGUGAGUUUUUGAAUUUAGGAAUUUAUGAAUUUGAAAAAAAUAAAAAUAUGAUUUUGUAGCCCGUUCUCCGAAUAUUCGCUAUCCAACAGUUGUUGUGAAUAAUAAUUCGAGUUUACCUGGUUCGCCGAAAUCUUCAGCCUACGCAGUUCCAACGCCUAGAAAUGUGAGUUUCAAAAUUUCCCCGUGAAAAACCUUUUUUGGGGGUGAAAAAAUGAAAGAAUCUCUAUUUUUCGAGAACAUAAAUCAAUAAAAUAUGUUUGAAUUUUCAGAUGAAUAGUCAAUAUUCACCAAUUCAAUUGCAAUACGAACAUAUUCGACAUCGAUGUAAAAUGUUGGACGAAGAAAAUCAGAAAUUAAUGAAAAUGCAAUCGGAUAUUGUUUCUGAUGCGAAUCGACGAGUGCAAAUGCAUAUAAAUGAAAUUCGAAUGUUGAAAGAGGAAAAUCGAAAGAUUCAAAGCGCUCAAAAAGAGUUACGAGAUCUUGCUUGUUUUCUAGACGAUGAUCGACAAAAAACAAAGAAAUUAGCAAGAGAAUGGCAGAAAUUCGGAAGAUAUACAAGCAAUUUAAUGAAGCAGGUUUGGAUUUGAGAAAAUUUGAAAAAAGUAUUACAAAAACAGAUUGCUACAAGACCCAUAAUGAAUUUCAAAACUUAUAUACCGUAGUCUAUCAAUUUUUUAUCUUGUAUUUUUCCAGGAAAUACAAACCUACCACCAAAAAUUGACGACGCUUGAGGAAAAAUUGAGCGGAAAAGAGCAUGAAGCUGAGGAAUUGCGCCAACUUUGUAUGUAUUUAGAUGAGCAAAGACAAUGUCUGAUGAAUUCGGCAAAUAAUGCAGCACAACAUUUGAAUUUUAGUCAAAGUUUAAGAUCUGAUGAUGAAAGUGAAGAUUUAGGUUCGUUGGCUUCAGGUUCAAAAAUCUGGCAGAAUUUGAGACUAAAAAAGUAUCAAAGUUCUAACCAAAAUCUAAUUUUUUCAGGAUGUGGAAGUAGUGAGCAAAGUGGAGACAAUGGACAUAUUCUCCCGCCAGAUUUUAAUAUUUAUAACAAAUUGAAGGAAUCAAAAUUGCGGCUGAUCUCAGAGCAAAUGAUAACAUCGCAAAAUUCAAGCGAAGAAUCGGAAAAUAUUCGGAAAGAAGAAUCUCGUCGAGAAAAGACUCGACUUUUGGGUUAUAUUCAAUCACUGGAAAAUCGCAUUAAAACAUUUGGAAAUGUCACAAAAUCAUGAAAACUUUUGGAAUUCAAAUUCAAAUUUUGGAUCAGAUUGUGAUGAAAGAACAAUAAUUGAAAGAAGUUGGAAUGUUGAUGAAGAAGAAGAAACUGAAAGUGAAAAAAGAAAAAAUGAAGAGGAAGAAGAAGAAGAUUCGCUAACUUUGAAAAAUGAUAUAAAACCGAAAAUGUUGACAUCAAUGACGAAUUCAGAUUGUACAACAUAUGCGAGUUCAGGAACUGAUAUGGAUAGUGUUUAUGUAAUGGGAGAUGAAAUAUCAGAACAUUGUGGAAAUUUAGAAGUUAGAACAUUAUCAAGAAUUGAGGAAGAAUCUGAAAUUAUGCGAGAAAGUGCCAAAAUGCCACCGAAAAUUGCACCCGUUGUUUGUGGAAGUAUUGUGAGUAAAACAAUUAUCGAAAAAAUAUAUGGGUAAAAAAAAACGAUUUUUUGCAGCUCUCCCCCUUCGAAAAUCCAUUAAUGAGAUCAUUUUCGGAAUCUGCUUCACCUCAGAAAAAACCAAUGAUUAUUCCAGUGAAAGGAAGUGUUCGAUGUUCAUCGAUGGAAAUCAAGAAUAUGUAA